CCCGGGCUCGCUCUGCUCCGCCUGCUGGGGGAGGCUCUGUCCUUCUCACGCUGCGCCCAGCCACGUUUCCGGCUCGCUGGGCCCCUCUCGCCGGCAGCCGGCCCCGGGUGCGGAGCGGAGGGGGCGGGACGGAGCCGCUUCUCCUGCCGGGUGAGGGUGGCCGCUCAGGGUCGCUGCCUCGGUGCAGCGCGGCGGCUGCUGCGAGAGCCCGGCUCGGGAGGCGGCGGCGGCAGGUUCAAUAUGCUAUUAAAUGCUGACCAAGUAAACCUAAUCGGACAAGUGUUUGAAUCCUAUGUUUUGGAACAUCACAGGAAUGACAUCUUGCAUAUAUUAAGGGAAAGAGAUGAUGAGGGACAUUACCCAGUCAUUGUUGAUGCCCUCACCCUUUUUGAGACCAACAUGGAAAUUGGAGAAUAUUUCAAUGCAUUUCCAAAUGAAGUGCUCCCUAUUUUUGAUAAUGCAUUGCGCAGGGCAGCCAUGACAGCUCUGCAAUCUGCUUCCCAGACUCAUGAUUUUAGCAUUAAGCAGAAUCUUCAUGCCAGAAUAUCAGGUUUGCCUGUUUGCCCUGAGCUAACCAGAGAACGUAUCCCUAAAACCAGAGAUGUGGGUCACUUUUUGUCUGUUACUGGAACUGUUAUUCGUACCAGUCUAGUGAAAGUCCUGGAGUUUGAACGGGAUUACAUGUGUAACAAGUGCAAGCACGUUUUUGUGGUCAAAGCUGAUUUUGAGCAGUACUAUGCUUUCUUCCGUCCAUCAACCUGCCCUAAUGAAGAAGGCUGCAAUUCAUCUAAAUUCACUUGUCUCUCAGGAACAUCCUCUGUUCCCACCAGCUGCAGAGACUAUCAAGAAAUCAAAAUUCAGGAACAGGUUCAAAGGCUAUCUGUCGGAAGCAUCCCUCGUUCUAUGGUAGUUGUCCUAGAAGAUGACUUAGUGGACAGUUGCAAGUCAGGUGAUGACAUCACAGUGUAUGGAGUGGUAAUGCAGAGAUGGAAACCCUUCCACCAGGAUGUGCGCUGUGACCUAGAGAUUGUUUUGAAAGCCAAUUACAUUCAAGUGAACAAUGAACAACUGACAGGGGUUAUAGUUGAUGAGGAGGUUCAGAAGGAAUUUGAAGACUUCUGGGAAAAACAUAAGCGUGAUCCCUUAGCAGGGAGGAAUGAAAUUUUGGCUAGCUUGUGUCCCCAGGUUUUUGGAUUGUAUCUGGUGAAGUUGGCUGUAGCCAUGGUGCUUGCUGGGGGUGUACAAAGGGCUGAUGCUGCAGGAACUCGAGUGAGAGGUGAAUCACAUCUUCUGUUGGUUGGAGAUCCUGGCACAGGGAAAUCUCAGUUUCUCAAAUAUGCGGUAAAGAUUACACCACGAUCUGUGCUUACUGCAGGAAUUGGAUCUACAAGUGCAGGUUUGACGGUAACUGCGGUGAAGGAUUCUGGAGAAUGGAAUUUGGAAGCUGGAGCACUCGUGCUUGCAGAUGGAGGUCUUUGUUGUAUUGAUGAGUUUAAUAGCAUCAAGGAACAUGACAGAACCAGCAUACAUGAAGCAAUGGAGCAACAAACCAUCAGUGUAGCUAAGGCAGGCUUAGUGUGCAAGCUGAACACAAGAACCACUAUAUUGGCAGCAACAAAUCCAAAAGGCCAGUAUGACCCUAAUGAAUCAAUCUCCGUGAACAUAGCCCUUGGCAGUCCUUUAUUGAGCAGAUUUGACCUGGUCUUAGUAUUGCUAGAUACGAGAAAUGAAGACUGGGAUCGCAUAAUUUCUUCUUUCAUAUUGGAAAACAAAGGAUGCCCAAGCAAAUCAGAAAACCUCUGGAGCAUGGAAAAGAUGAAAACCUACUUUUGUCUGAUAAAGAAUCUACAGCCAAAAUUGUCUGAUGAGAGCAACCUGAUUCUUGUCCGUUAUUACCAGAUGCAGCGGCAGAGUGAUUGCAGAAAUGCUGCUCGAACUACCAUUCGCUUAUUAGAGAGUUUGAUACGCUUAGCAGAAGCCCAUGCUCGAUUGAUGUUCAGGGACACUGUAACUUUGGAAGAUGCUAUAACAGUGGUCUCAGUGAUGGAAUCGUCUAUGCAGGGAGGUGCACUUCUUGGAGGCAUCAAUGCACUGCAUACCUCAUUUCCAGAAAACCCAAUGGAGCAGUAUCGAAUGCAAUGUGAACUCAUCCUGGAGCGACUGGAGCUGCAGAAUCUUCUGCAUGAAGAAUUCAAAAGACUUGACAGAUUACAGAAUGAAAAUUCAUGCCAGUUGCAGUCUGGAGAGACCAGCAAAAAUACUACCUAUGGAUCCUUAAGCGAUGAUACCUUUUGGCAGUCAGAGCAAAUGUCCCAGACAGAACUGUCAGACCAACAAGGGAAUAACUGCAAACAGCAAAAUUCUUUGGUCAAAGGGAGAAGUAAAACUGAUACACAUCUAGAGCCCUCAGCUAGCCAGGGAGCUGGUAAAAACAGAGAUGCAAAUAACCUGAGUAAACACAAUGAGAGCAGAGCUGAUGGCAGCUUGACCUGGUUUGACAGCAUGGUAGAUGGCAACAUGGAUGCUGAAGAAAGUGUUCAGCAGUCCCUAAUCCCCAAGAGACCUCUAGAUAAUUUGGCUUUGAAAACACUCAAUGACAAAUCCUGUUCUAAAGAAAAAAAUGGUUCAAGACAAAGCAGAGAAACUGGGAUGGGACAGUCACUGGCAACUGUGGACCUCAAUGCUACUUUUAGACAGGAUGUAGUUUCUGGUAUUGAUGAGAAAAGGACAAAAGGACAUACAAACCUUUAUUCUGAGGCAAAUAUUAAAGAUCCAGCCUCAGAAAAUGUUAGUGUGCCUGAUUCAGUGGUGACACAACAUGUCUCUAAGAAGUGGCAGAGAUUGCGCACAGAGAGAGCUCACAAUUUUUGUGCAAGUACACAAGACCCCAAAGCAGACACCUUUCCUUCUCCACUGUCUUUCCAGUCAGCAGCUGACCCACAAGUUCCUUCAGGUGACAUGAAUAAUGCUUGUGCAAUAGGAAAGAAUAGGAAUAAUGUGACGGUAGUAGCUGAGAAGCAGAUAACUUCCAUGAGAAAAAGAAAUAAAGACCAAACGGUGAAGGAAGCAAUCGCAGCAGGUUCCAAUGAGCCGGAAAUCACUGAGACUGAAGGACCUCCAGUGGCUAAACUAGCUAAAUUUUCAUUCAGACAAAGGACAAAAUUUGUUCAUUCUUCUGAAAAUAAGAGCAAUGCAGAAUUGCCUCCCUCACAAUCAGAGGCUGUUUUUAAGCCUCACAGGAUUUUGAGAACUGUAGCAGAAGAAGAGCAGCCAGAGGAAGAAUGUUAUCCCCCUGCGAAACACCAGACAAAGCUAACAACGAGUUUAGGAAACAAUAGUUUGGAGAAGAAACCCCUUGAUAAUAAAAGAAAGGAGCAGCAGCAAAAUGAAACCUUACAAAGAGAAAUCAAAGAAGCUACAACUGGACACUCAGAGACCAAACAGAUCUCAGAUAUUAGACAACAUGCUGUGUUAACACCAACUGCCGAGAAAAGCAGGAAAGGAGAGGAAAUGUCUGGUGGCCUGAGCACAAAGAAGGUGUGCUCCAGCACGUUAGCAAAACUAGCCAGGUUUUCCUUCAUGUCACCUCCUGAAUCAAAAUCGGAAAAUCCACCGUCACUUAAUGUCACCAGCAACAGCAAGGAAAGCCAGGGACUGCCUCUGAAGACCCAUUCUGAGAGCACCAGCAGCAAAAGAAAGUGUUUUGGACUGGGAAAUGCCAGCAAUAAAAAUGUGGUCACAGGAAAAUCUCUCUUCUCAAUAACAGAUUUAGACGAUGCCACAUUAGAUUUUGAUUGGGAUGAAGAGAUUAGGAAAAACCCAAGGUCAUAAACCAUACUACCUUUCUCCAGCCCCGAUCCACCUGUCAUUAUCAAUAUAUUACUGGGAAACAAUAUCACUCAUACUAAUUAUUUCUAAAGCUUUCAGGCAGCACCUCAGCUGGCAUAAAUCAAAAUAUUUCUUUUAAGUCAUUGAAGCUAUGUCAAUUUACAGCAGCUGAGGAUUUGACAUACACCACAGUUCAGAUGCUACGUUUACCUCUCUAAUUGUUUACAAGACUGUUUAUAAUAUCUGUUGACUGUUUCAGUUGACCUGAUGUAACUUGAAAACUCAUGUGAUUUGUGAUCCUAUUCAGAGUAUAGUGGUACCUGCAAAUGAAGCAGGGUUAAUUGACAUUUUUUUCUUAAUUCAUAAACCACACACAAUUCUAAUUGAUCUUGCAUCCCAUGUACCAUUUAUUCCUAUCUUUUGAGGACAGUGUUAGCAAGAUGGCAAAGCAAAAGCUAACCGUGCAGUUAUAUUUUGUUCCUCCUUUACAUGCCUUCUCCCUUGAUGCAUUUAGUGAUAUUGUGAUAUACCAUUAUGUUGUGAUAUGUAUUCCUGUAUUAUCAAUAUCAAGAGAAUUUUGCUCUGUCUGUGGUUACUGUGGUCCAUUGUCCUUUUGAGGUGUUGUAUAUGCCUGCUUUAUUUAUUUAUUUUUUUAACUAGUAGUAUCCACUGGUCCAGGCAAUUGUUAAUAGGAUCUUGCAGCAUGCAUCUGUCCAUGACACAGUGAUGACUUGUGCUGAGUACUGGGGUUCUGUAUGCAUUCUGGGGUCACCAAUGUCUAUUUUUACCUCAGAAUUACACCUCUCUUCUAGAAAAUCCCCCACAAGAUAGAGCGGUGGUUUUCAAACUUUUUUUCUGGUGACCCAGUUGAAGAAAAUUGUUGAUGCCUGCAACCCAACAG